UCGACCAGACAGAAAUCAGCCAAAAUGUUCAAGUUUGUGAUGAUCCUUGCCGUUGUGGGAGUGGCUACCGCCGUUGCCCCCGUCUCCCGCUCCGAUGAUGUCCACGCCGAGGUCCUGCACCGCUCCGAGGAUGUCCGCGCCGAUGGCUUCGACUCCAACCUGCAGACCUCCAACGGAAUUGAUCAGUCUGCCAGCGGUGAUGUCCAUGGCAACAUCCAUGGUAGCUUCGCCUGGAUCUCGCCCGAGGGCGAGCAUGUGGACAUCAAGUACGUGGCCGAUGAGAACGGUUACCAGCCAUCGGGAGCCUGGAUCCCCACUCCCCCACCAAUCCCAGAGGCCAUUGUCCGCGCCCUUGCCUGGCUCCAGGCUCACCCCCAAGCCCCCGAGCAUCCCCGUCAUCACUAA